CAAAGUUUUCUCGUGUCUCUUUCUCGCUCGCACUUCUCUUUUUCUCUCCAUUUCUACUCACACAAACAUUGAAGUCAAUUAAGCAUUAACAUAACCCUCUUCGUGCUUUUGAAUGCUAUCUCAUUCAUUCAUUCACAAAAGCCACUACAACCCUUCUUCCACUUCCAUAACCUCAUUCACAAAACUUCACUUUCUUGCUCUCAACUUUUCACUUCCCCAGAAAAAUUAAGAAUAAGAUGCCACAAGAGAGCUCCCAAAACUCAUUUUUUACAUCUCCUUCAAAGAGAGGAUUGAAGAGUUUGGUCUCCAUCAACAAGGAGGCUUCAUGCACUGCUGCCACAGAAGAGAGUUUCAAUGAUAAUGAAUUGGCUCAGAGGAAGGCAGAGGAAGCAGCUUUGAGAAGAUACAAAGCAACAGAAUGGCUACGUGAAAUGGACCAUGUGGCAUCAUCAUCACUCUCUCCAACACCCUCCCAACAAGACUUUUGCCUUUCACUCCGCAAUGGCCUCAUUCUAUGCAAUGUCCUCAACAAAGUCAACCCCGGUGCUGUCCUUAAGGUGGUGGACAAUCCUGGGCUUGCUGUUCAGUCUGCAGAGGGCGCGGCCCACUCUGCAAUUCAGUAUUUUGAGAACAUGAGGAACUUUUUGGAGGCUGUUAAGGAUAUGCAACUUCUCACAUUUGAAGCAUCUGAUUUGGAGAAGGGAGGUUCAUCAAAUAAAGUUGUGGACUGCAUUCUAUGUUUGAAAGGGUUUUAUGAAUGGAAGUUAUCUGGUGGGGUUGGUGUAUGGAGAUAUGGUGGAACUGUGAGGAUCACUUCCUUUCCAAAGAAGUCUCCUUCCUCCAUAGUUGGCAGUGAAAGUGCUGAUGAAUCAUUGGAUGAGCCAGAAUCAUCACAGUAUGAACAACUGCUAGAAUUUCUUCAACUAUCUGAAGACUUCUUGAUUGAAGAAACCAGAACUGCCAAUGCUCUUGCUUUCCUUUAUGAUCACUUUGGACUCAGACUUCUUCAGGCUUACCUUAGAGAGGCCAAUGGGAUUGAAGAUCUGCCUUUGAAUGCAAUGGUAAUUGAUACCUUACUCAGCAAGGUAGUCAAAGAUUUCUCAUCUUUGCUUGUUUCUCAAGGCAAUCAGCUUGGACUUUUCCUGAAGAAAAUACUAAAAGUUGAUAUUGGUUGUCUCUCAAAGAGAGAGUUCAUAGAAGCCAUCUCACUAUAUCUUAACCAAAGAAGUAGUUUGGCAUCAAAUGAUUUCUCCAAAUUCUGCAAUUGUGGUGGAAAACGUGAUAGUAUUCGACAGAAUGCCAAUUAUUCUGCAAAAUAUGUUGAAGUGAUCAAUACUCAACAGAAACAACUUGAGGGUAUGAAGUACUUUUUUGAAGAGACAAAAUUGGAGGUCAGACAAAUUCAAUCAGAAUGGGAAGAAGAAUUGAGUAGGCUAGAGCAUCAUAUCAAAAGCCUUGAAGUGGCCUCCUCUUCCUACCACAAACUUUUGGAGGAGAACCGCCUUCUUUACAAUCAAGUACAAGACCUCAAAGGAGCCAUUAGGGUCUAUUGUAGAGUAAGGCCAUUCUUACCAGGACAAUCAAAUGGACCCUCUACAGUAGACUAUAUUGGAGAAAAUGGAGAUAUGAUGAUUGUAAAUCCCCUUAAACAUGGAAAAGAUGCUAGAAGGGUUUUUUCAUUCAAUAAGGUGUUUGGAACAAGUGUAACACAAGAACAAAUUUAUGCUGACACUCAAUCAUUGAUCAGAUCUGUUUUAGAUGGUUAUAAUGUAUGCAUCUUUGCAUACGGACAAACUGGCUCAGGGAAAACAUACACAAUGAGUGGCCCUGAUCUGACAACUGAAGAGACAUGGGGUGUAAACUAUAGGGCUUUGCGUGACUUAUUUCAUAUAUCAAAGGAAAGGGCAGGUUCCAUAAAAUAUGAAGUUUUUGUUCAGAUGAUUGAAAUCUACAAUGAACAAGUGAGAGAUUUAUUAGUCAGUGAUGGCUCUAACAGAAGAUUAGACAUACGAAACACUUCUCAAUUGAAUGGCAUCAAUGUGCCUGAUGCAUUUUUAGUUCCGGUUACUUGUACUCAAGAUGUUCUAGACUUGAUGAGAAUUGGUCAGAAGAAUCGUGCCGUGGGUGCUACAGCUCUAAACGAGAGAAGCAGCCGUUCUCAUAGUGUUUUGACUGUUCAUGUUAGAGGAAGGGAGUUAGUUUCCAACUCCAUUCUUAGAGGCUGUCUUCAUCUUGUGGAUUUGGCUGGAAGUGAGAGGGUUGACAAAUCUGAGGCUGUUGGUGAGAGACUAAAGGAGGCUCAACAUAUAAAUAGAUCACUUUCUGCACUAGGGGAUGUUAUCUCUGCCUUGGCACAGAAGAGUCCACAUAUCCCUUAUAGAAAUAGCAAGCUCACACAAGUGUUACAAGAUUCUUUAGGAGGGCAUGCUAAAACUUUGAUGUUUGUUCAUAUAAAUCCUGAACUUAAUGCUAUUGGGGAGACACUUAGCACACUCAAGUUUGCUGAGAGGGUUUCGUCCAUUGAACUUGGAGCUGCUCAAUCUAACAAAGAAACCGGUGAAAUCCGAGAUCUAAAGGAAGAGAUAUCAAGUCUCAGAUUAGCAUUGGAGAAGAAGGAAGCUGAAUUGGAGCAAUGGAAGGCAGGGAAUGCUCGAAACGCCCUUGAUUCUCAAAAACCAAGAGCUGUUUCACCUUUUCAAUUACCAAAAUAUGGCACUAGUGGCAAUAUGAAGCAUGAAACUGGUCAAAGACUCAUGGAUGAUAGAAGCUUUGAGUCUAGAAGUUGCUCUUCUGGUAAGCAAAGAAGGUCAAGGUUUCCCUCAUCAUUUAUAGACAAGGACUCUAUGCCAAAAAUGACUCUUCUGAGUGAAGAAAAGUUAGUGAGCUCAGGGAAAGGAAGAUCACCAUCUCCUCCAGUGAGAAGAUCAUUAUCAAAUGAUAGAGGGACAGUCAUUAAAAGCAAGGCUAAAACUGAAACAACAGACAACCAACCAAUAUUAAAGCAUCCAUUUCCUGCUAGAGUACCAGCUAACAAAUCCAUUUCCACAAUGCCAGUGGCUUCAUCCACUGACAACAACACAAGAAUGUAUGUGAAUUCACAAGAGCCGGUAAAGCAGGAAAACAUUUCUGAAACACUCUUCAACCUCCAGAAGGUAAACUAUAAGAAAGUACAUCAAGAACAUGAAGAGGAACAAUUCAAGCAAGCACUCAGUGCAGUAAGACAAGGUGGUAUUAGAAAAAGCAAGUUUGAGAGUAAGGCUAAAGCCAAGCAUCCUCCUCAACUAUUAUCACCCUUUAAGAUUCAAAAGCCUGAUUUGAUCGCAACAUUUAUUCCUGACAUGGAUUUUGCUGGUGAAAUGACUUUGGAGCCAACUCCAAAGAACGAUUACUCUGAGGCUGAAAAUGAUCUUAGAUUUAUGGAGUCUGCUGUCCAUGGUGCUUUGAGUCUCAAAAAAAUACGCCAGAACUUUGCAAGGAAUUUUCAGAACCUUGAAUCAAGAGGAAUAGUGCAAACAGGAGAGCCUUUAUUGGUUAGCAAAGUUGAAAACAAAGUCGUGAAUGGUUCGGGUAGCAAUCUUAAAGAAGGAAGCAAUGCAUCCACGCCUGAAUUUAGAAGAAGCCGAUCUACCCCACGUGGAAAGUUUUUUGGUUUAUCUUGAGGAUUUCAUGUUGAACAGUGAGUAUUUUUUAUAGUAUUUUUUUUUUGUACAGGAACUACAGUCAAUGUUUGAGUUCCAGCACACACACUUUUAUACAAACUUUUGAGGUUAAUAUGUGCAAUCCAUCUCUUGUAAUUUGAGCAUGUUUUGUAAUUUGAAACUUCAUAUAUUUAUACAUAUUUCUGAGUCAUUGGGUUUUCUUGUGUACACAUUUUUAUUCAUAAUUAAUGUAUUUACAAUAUUUUCCAAAGAUGUUAUCAGUAGAUAUAUAUUUAGUACUAUUUUAUUCUCUUUGUAAAAA